AACGCUCACUGAUCUGCUUUCUCUGCUGAACGCAGCUAUUGCUUCUUGUAAAUUUUCCAUUUUAUCAGUUUGAACGUUUGAAUGGAACAGUUGUGAGGAAUUGUUUUUGUUGAUAUUAUAAUAGAUUCGAUAUAUGUGUGCUACGUAAUAUUUUAUUUUUAACAUGUAUAUCAAAUCGAUGGUAUUAGAAGGAUUCAAAUCCUAUGGCAAUCGAAUUGAAAUAAAUGGUUUUGAUAAAGAAUUCAAUGCUAUUACUGGAUUUAACGGUAGUGGAAAAUCAAAUAUUUUGGACGCAAUAUGUUUUGUUUUAGGCAUUACAAAUCUUGGGCAGGUACGUGCUACGUCCCUGCAAGAUUUGGUUUAUAAAUCAGGUCAAGCAGGAAUAAAGAAAGCUAGUGUUACGAUAACAUUUGAUAAUCGUGACAGAGAGCGUUCUCCUAUGGGUUAUGAAGAAUAUGAAGAAAUUGCAAUUACAAGACAAGUGGUUAUAGGUGGUAAAAAUAAGUAUAUGGUUAACGGAACAAAUGUGCCAAAUAAGCGUGUACAAGAUAUGUUCUGUUCGGUUCAAUUAAAUGUAAAUAAUCCACAUUUUUUAAUUAUGCAAGGUAGAAUAACAAAAGUAUUGAAUAUGAAGCCAGUAGAAAUUUUGUCUAUGUUAGAAGAAGCAGCAGGGACAAAAAUGUAUGAAAACAAGAAACAAUCGGCACUAAUCACAAUAGAAAAAAAGGAUAGUAAAUUAAAAGAAAUAAAUAAUAUUUUAAAAGAAGAAAUAGGUCCCAAAUUAAACAAGUUAAAAGAGGAAAGAACAAGAUAUGUAGAAUUUCAAGGAAUUGAAAGACAGCUUGAACACAAUAAACGAAUUUAUCUUGCGUGGAAGUAUGUUACUGCUUUGAAUAAUAGUCAGAAAACGGAAGAAAAUGUCCAGAUUGUACAAAACAAGAUCGAUUCAAAGUUGGAAAAUAUAACAACUGGUGAAGAAGAAAUCAAGAAUAUAGAAAUGAAAUAUGCUGAACUGCUGAGAAAAAAGAAUGCGGAAAAAGAUGGUAUGAUAGAAUCCUUAGAACAGGAGUUACAAGAAUAUGAAAAAAAGCAAUAUAAAUUGUCAGCUGAAAUGAACAGUAACAAGGAAAAUAUCAAAGCUGUAAAAAAAACAAUAGCGCAAAUAAAUAUCAAUAUAACAGAUGAUAAAAAUAUACUUACUUUAAAGGAGAAGGAAUUAGAAAAAGUUGGAGGACUUUUUCAAAAAUUAAAAGAAAUGUGUCAAAAAGAUACCAAGGCAGUGUUAGAGGCGCAAGAGAAAUAUCAGAAAGUCAGUGCAGGCUUACUAGAAAGUGAAGAUGGUGAAAAUGCCACAUUAGAACAACAAUUAAUAAGUGCCAAACAAAACAUGACGCAAGCACAAACUGAACUUAAACAAUGUGAGAUGACACUAAAUCAUAAUAGGCAACAAUUAAAAAAACAAAAGGACAUGCAUAGCACUGAGAAUGAAUAUAAGAAAUAUAAUGUGGACUUGGAAAAGAAAGAGAAGGAAUUGAAGAACUUACAAAAUGAAAUGCAAAAAUUAAAUUAUAAGGAUGGUUAUUUAGAAGAUUUGAAAAACCAAAAAAAUAAAUUAAUCGCAGAAAUACAACCACUGCGCGAAAAGUUAAAUCAAUUUGAAUCAAGAUAUCCUCGAACAAGAUUUCAUUAUCAGAAUCCUGAACCUAAUUUUAAUGUAAAAUCUGUAAAAGGCAUCGUAUGCAACUUAAUUAAUUUGAAAGAUACAAGAGCUGCAUAUGCCUUGGAAGUUGCUGCAGGUGGAAAGCUUUAUAAUGUAAUAGUUGAUACUGAAACUACUAGCAAGAAAAUUCUCCAACAUGGGCAAUUACAACAACGAGUUACAAUUAUUCCACUCAAUCGAGUAAAUGGUAGAUUUAUGGAUCAACACACGAUUAGUUUGGCAGAAAAAUUGGUUGGGAAAGAAAAUGUGCAACCCGCUUUGUCUCUAAUAGAUUAUUCAAAUGAAAUUACACCAGCAAUGACCUGGAUAUUUGGUCAAAUAUUUGUAUGCAAAGAUAUGGAAACAGCCAAGAAAAUAGCUUUCCAUGAAAAGAUUAUGAAAAAGUGCGUUACUUUGGAAGGUGAUCUCUUUGAUCCAGUUGGUACAUUAUCUGGCGGUGCUCCAUCAAAAUCUGGAUCAGUUCUAUUAAAACUAGAAGAAUUGAAAGAAAUUCGGAAUGAACUAAAUCACAAAGAAAAUCUCUUGAGAGAUACAGAGACUUCUUUGUCAAAUAUUGCAAAAAUUGCUGAAAAAUAUGCAUCGUUGAAACAAAAACAUGAUUUAUUAACUUAUGAAAUUAGUAUGAUACAACAGAAAUUACAACAAACGAGCUACCAUAAAAUCCAAGAAGAGGUAAAUCAUUUGAAUGCGGCUAUUGAAGAGCUUACACAACGGAUGACUGCAGCAAAAAAUUUAGAGAGAGAUAGCACAAAGCGCGCAAAAGAUAUAGAAAUUCAGUUAAAGGAUGCAGUAAAUAUUCGUGAAAAACAAUUAAAAGAAGCUGAGAAUCAAUUAAAUACCUUAAAGAAAAAAGCAGAACAAAGUCGCAAAGAAUGGCAAAAGAGAGAACAAGAAUCAGAAACAUUUGAACUAGAAAUCAAAGAAUUAAAGAAAAGUAUUGAAAGUGGUAAUGAACAAUUGCUUAAAGCAGAGGAGGAAAGCAAUAAGUUUCAAGAAAAAGGAGAGUCUCUUCAGCAAGAAUUGGAAGAAACUAAAAAUAAAGUUACAAAAUUGCAGAAUAAUAUUAAAAAGCAAAAAGAUAUUAUUAAUCAACAAAAUAAAGAUAUGCAAAAGUUGAUAGCAAAAAAAGAAGACAUUAUUAAACAUAAUAAAGACCUUGAAUUAGAUAUUAAAAAAUUAAAUCAUGAAAUUAAUGAUAUUAAAAAGAGUGCAGCGGAAUGUAAGCAAAAGGUUUUAGAACUCACCAAAAAAUAUGAGUGGAUUGAGCAAGAAAAACCUUACUUUGGACAAAAAGGUGGCAUAUAUGAUUUUGAAGUUAAUAAACCAGAAGAAGUGGAACAAAAAGUACAUAAUUUGGAAAGUAUGCGUGAAAAGUUAAGUCGUAAUAUAAACACACGCUCGAUUAAUCUUUUUGAUAAAGAAGAAGAACAAUAUAAUGAUACAUUAAAGAAAAAAAGAAUAGUUGAGAAUGAUAAAAAUAAAAUUCUCGAAACGAUUAAACAUUUGGAUGAAAAAAAGAAACAAACUUUGCUUAAAGCUUGGAAACAGAUAAAUAAGGAUUUUGGCUCUAUAUUUAGUACUUUAUUACCAGGAGCCGAGGCUAAGUUACAACCACCAGAAAAUGAAACAAUAACAGAUGGUUUAGAAGUGAAAAUUGGAUUUUCAGGUGUUUGGAAAGAAUCAUUAGGAGAAUUAUCUGGUGGUCAAAGAUCUCUUGUCGCUUUAUCAUUGGUCUUAGCUAUGCUUCUUUAUAAACCUGCACCACUUUAUAUUCUGGAUGAAGUAGAUGCUGCCUUGGAUCUUUCACAUACAGAAAAUAUAGGUACAAUGUUAAAGAGACAUUUUAAACAUUCGCAAUUUAUCAUUGUAUCCUUAAAAAAUGGUAUGUUCAACAAUGCCAAUGUUUUAUUCACAACUAGAUUUAUUGACGGUAUGUCAACAAUAAAUAGAACUGAAAAAAUAAGAUCUAAAUAAUUACAUAAAUUUUAUUAUUAUGACAACACACAUCAAUGUUUUGAUAUUAUACAAUUUAAGUGAAAGUAUUUAUAAUAUUCUUAUAUUGAGAUACAUUUUUGUGUAACUCGUAUUAAUUUGUAUCUUAAUUAUUAACAAUAAAUAUUCUGAUUUGAUUAUUA